AUGAAUGUUUCUAAUCAUUCUAUUGACAGUGAAAUACCGCAACUGUCUCUGUUGCAAAUACAAUCUGAAGCUCUAUUAGAGCUGAAUCAUUUACAUCGUUUCAUCGAUAAUUACAUAUUAAGUUUACUAGAGUCAAGUGAAAUCAAACUCAGUAACGAGACCACGUCCGUAAAUACCAUAUUGGCUAGUUUUAUCAAUAGUCUUAAUGAAGAUACUUUAUUCAUUAUUAUAAAAUCUCAACUCAAUCAAUAUUAUAUCUUUAAUGAAUUGACUGAUUUCGAUUCUUUUUAUUCUGAUAAAACUCAGUGUUCAUUGCUUCUAUUUAUCAAAUCUCAAGGCAAAUUAAGCUCCAAUCAUCCCUUAUCUCAACAGUUAAACAUUUUAACCAUUUCAUCCACACAUAAUAAAUCUACCAACAAUGAUACACCAGAUGAAUCAGACAUACCUGAUACUGAAGACAAUCUGAAAAUGGAAAUGCUUAAUAAACUACGAUCUUUGAUUAACUUUGGUUUGAUUCCAUAUUUUGAUUUAUUAACAUAUAACAAUAAAACUUCACAACAAGAGAACAAUAACAAUGGUGAUCAUGAAUUAGAGAACAAAUUCUUGAAAACUAAAAACAAAUUUAAUGAGUUAUCAUUAUCAUUACAACACAUUCAUCAAAAGAUCCAAGUACCAAACUUAUUACAAACUAUUCAUCCAAAAAUAUAUGAAAUUUUACAACACCAAGAUGAAGAUCAAGAUGAAGUUGAUACAAAUUUCUUGAAUGAAUUGACUACCAUCGUUAAUAAUUGGACAAAACAGAUUCAAUCAAUUACUAAGUUAAGCCAUGACCCUUUUGAUGAUGAUUCUAUCGUCGAUGAAAAGGAAUUCUGGGAUUCAAUGGAAUUAACCUCAUUAUCCAUUAUUAAUCAAAUCACAAAUUCUCCUGAAAUAUCAAAGACUAUAGAGAUUUUAAACAAUAAUAAGAGAUUUCAAGUAACAAUCAGUUUCCAAAAUGAUUCAGGUUUGAAUGAUAAAGUAUCAGUUUCUAAAUUAUAUAAUUCGAUCCUUAAAGAAUUACCAAUUUAUGAAUUAAUAUCUUGCACCAAUGAUGAUUUAAAUAAAUUUGAAACAAUAAUUACUAAUCUUUUCAAUUAUCUUAAAUUGAAAGUUAAAAAUUUGAAUUCAUCGAUUAAAUUAAACAGAAUUAUAAAGUAUAUAGAGUUGGUAUUGAAUGAUAUCGUUAAAAAGUUGAAUUUAAUCGUUCUUGAAAUGAAUUUGACUUCAAUUGACUUCAAUCGAUUCAUCAACUUAUUCGAAACCAAGAUUCUAACUAUUUUUGAUGUCAUUGAUAAAAAUUUAAAGUUUUUGAUUAAUUUAAUAAGAGAAUUAUUAAGAAAGAGACAAGAGAAAUUCAUGAUUAUUCAGUUUGAUAAGACUUCCUUUAAUAAAUUAAUCCAAUCCAUUGAAUCAUUCAAAACUUUCAGAAUUAAUCAUCAGAAUCUUUUGAACUUAUUACUGAUAAUUCAACAGGAACAAGCAAUAGAUUCCAGCUUCCAUCUUCACUCCCAAUUAAUCGAGUCUUAUAAUACAUUCAUACUAUCAUCCAACCCAUUUGAUUUAUCUAAACAAGGAGAAAUAAUAUGGUCAAUGAACUCAAAGAACUAUCUUGAAGUCUAUAACAAUCUUUACUUAAACAUAUCCAACAUCUUGAAUAAUCUCUUUAGUCUGUGCCAUUCAUUUAAUCAGUUCUUAAUCAUUUUCGAAAAAUUCAAUAAUAUUGAAAUCAAUUAUUUGAUUAAUGAUGAAAUUAAAUUAAAGGUAUUAUCAAUAAUCAAUAAUGAGAUUGACAACUUAAUGGCGUUGAAUUUAAAUGCUAAUUAUACGAAAUCAUUCAACCAUUCCCAAUCUGACCUUAUACGUGGAAGUGAAGCUAAUACUUCAAUUGUGUCAGAAAUUAAUUGGAACUUUAGUUUGAUUAACAAAUUAAAUUUUUAUUUAAUAAAAUUGAAUGAUCUCUUAGGUUCUAACUGGAAUAACUAUUCAAUAGGGGUAAAGAUCAAUUCAAACAUCAAUAGUUUAUUACAAAAGUUAAACCCCCAAUUAUUAUUUGAUAAUUGGAUAAAUCAGGUUUCUAGAACCAUGGAAGACUUUGAAGAUAGUUGCUUGAAUAAUUCUACCAUAUUGAAAAUAACUCCUAAUGAUGAAAUUUUGGUCAAUUUCGAUUUUCAGUUACUUAAUUACAAUCAGCAAAUUAAUAAAUUAACAAAGUUGAAUCAUUUCAAAAUCCCCAUAGAGUUGGUAUUGAAAUUUAAAAAGAUCAAUAAGCUAUAUCCCAUUAUAAUUGAUCUUAUCGAGGCCAUCGAAUGUUUCAAACACAUCUUUACGGUCGAAUUAGUAUCAACUGAUUAUGGUAACAAGUUUGGAUUUUUGAUCGAGAAUGUCAAGGAAAAGAUAUUAGUCAACUUGAAAUCAAUCGUCAAAGUCAAUUGGAAAGAUAUUUUGAAUGGAUUGGAUUUAUUUUCCAUCAAAGAUUAUAAAUUUGAUUCUGUCGAUAACAAUAGUUUGAUUGAAGUUAAAUCCUUGCAUCAUUUGAAUCAAUUCCAAUUAGAAAUUAGUCAUUUAUAUCAAUCCUUGAAUGAUUUAAACAAAUUCAAUCAAUUCUUACAACAACAGUAUUAUGAAUUAAAAAUUUGCCAGUAUGAGUUUAAAUCGAUUCAAUCUAUUAUUGAAACCAUUCAAUUAAAAAUCAAUCAAAUGUCAAUUGAUUUGAAUAAAUCACAAUUGAACGAGUUAUGCCAGUCAGUCAAUUCAGAGCUUGAGUUGAUUCUUAUUAACAAAUGCUAUGAACGUUUGGAACCAAGUUUGCCAUUAUUAGAAGCUCCAGUCGAUCACAAUCUUGUUUUUGAGGAUCAAUCAUUUAUAAUCAAACCUGAUUUGAGCACAACUAAAUCGAACAUAUUUGAUUCUAUAAACUCAAUUAUGUCCGUUAUUGAGAACCAGUCUCAGAUUUUAACAAGUUUAGAAACUAAACAUAUGUUUAAAGAUAUUAUAACUAACAAACAUAAUGAGAAACUCGUCAAUCAGAUCCAUUCAGCCUAUUCGAGAGUCGAUACCAUUAUUAAUCAAUGUCAAGAUUACUUUCAAAAAUGGAGUCUAUUGCAGAAUCUUUGGGAAUUGAACCUUAAUUCUGAUGAUGAUUUACAAAAGAUCUUGCCAAGUAAUGUCAGUUUUGAAAGCUUAAUUGAAUCAAUUAAUUCAGUUGUUAAGUUAAGAGAAUUAUUUGAUAAUUCAGAAUCAAUAAUCGUAUUCUCCAAUUUAAUUUCGAUUAAUUUUCAUAACGUUCAAUCGAGAGUUAUUUUAAAAUUUGACACAUUUCAAGUUGAAUUGAUCAAGAAGUUUAGUUCAAGAUAUCAACAAGAGAUUAUCAAGGUGCAUAAUAGUUUGAUUAACUGCAAAUCACUGCUUGAAAUUAAAUUAAACUUCUUUACCACUAAAAUAUCUCAAUUGAUCUUAGAUAUCAAUAACUACUUGAAUUUUAAGAUCAAUAAUUAUAAAAAAUGGCAAUUGAAUUUAUCAACUUUCAAGCUUGGUCAGACGUUUCUUUUCAAGCAUAGAUUUAAAUUUUCUUCGAGUUGGUUAUAUGUUGAACAAUUGGACAACGAUCUUUCCAUUAUAAAUUCUUUACUUUUGAAGAAGGAAAAGCUAUUAGAAGAUAACUUUGAAUUAUUAGUACCUAAGAUCAAAUCAGAAGCGAUUAGAAUUAAUGAAUCUAUAAAGAGUCUCACCAAUGACUGGAAUCUGAAACGUCCAAUAGCAGCUAACUUGUUGCCCUCUUUGGCAUUAGUUGAUUUGAAUAAUUUUCAGACUUCUUGUAAUAUCUUAUCUAAUAAUGCAGAAGCUUUAUCGUUUGUGGCUGAUCAAUUAAAUGUGGCUACAGUUAAGGUUGAAUCUUUGUUUGAGAUUUCUCAUGAUAUUAAACAAUUGAAGUCAGUUUGGUUAUCGAUUAACACAUUAUGGGAAGAACUUGAAUCAAUAAAGGCAACAACUUGGAAGAAUGUAGAACCUCCCACGGUACGUCACAAAUUGGCUGAUCUUUUGAAUAAUUCACGAUUGUUGCCAUCAGACGUUAGACAAUAUUCUGCAUUCGAAGAAAUUCAGAAUCAAAUCACUCUUCAUUUACAGACAUUUUCAUUAAUUACAGAUUUAAGUGGUGAGUCAAUGAAACAAAGACAUUGGUUGUCUUUGAUCAAUCAAUUGGGCUUAUCAGCCGCUAACAUUAAUGUUGAAAGCUUUACUAUUGGUGACGUUUGGAAUUUUAAUUUUUCAUUAAAUUUCAAUGUGAUUACCGCUAUAGUAACACAAGCUAAUAAUGAACAAAUUAUUGAAAGCAAAUUAUCCAGCAUUCAGAGUGAGUGGAUAAAUAUUCGAUAUGAAUUAUUUAAUUAUGGUGACAAAAUAAAGUUGUUAAAGAAUUGGGACAAACUCUUUGAUCAAUGCAAUAAUGAUAUUAAUUCGUUAUCCAGUAUGAAGAAUUCUCCUUAUUAUACUAAUUUUGAGCUGGAAAUUACCGCUUUAGAAGAUAAAUUGAUCAGUUUAUUUUCUUUAUUGGAUGUCUGGAUCGAAGUUCAACGUCAAUGGGUUUACCUCGAUGGUGUCUUUGGUAAUGGAAAUAGUGAUAUCAAUACACUUUUACCCAUUGAAUCAAAUCGAUUCACUAACAUUACUUAUGAGUAUUUCACUUUAUUAAAGAGAAUUUAUAAGAAUUCGUUGAUUAUUGAAGUUUUAUCCAUUACUGAUAUUAGCAAAAUCUUCAUUAACUUUUCUGUGAAUUUGAAUAAAUUACGAAAAUCAUUAUCUGAUUACCUUGAAAAGCAAAGAGAAUUAUUUCCACGAUUUUACUUUGUGGGGAAUGAAGAUUUACUAGAUAUAAUUGGAGGCUCCAAUGAAAUAUCUCGAGUAAACAGGCAUCUAUCGAAAAUGUUUUCUGGUGUUUCAUCAGUGGAGUAUGAUGCAGUAAGUUCUUCAAUAACAGCAAUCUGGAGUGAGCAAAAUGAAUGUGUUCAAUUAUUUAAUAGUGUAUCUAUCAAGCUUAAAAAGCUUCACGAAUGGCUUCACGACUUAGACCAGGAGAUAAAAUUAACUUUGUCCUUAUUGGUUAAGCAGGCAAUCGGUGAAUCCAAAGUCAUCAUUGACAAUGCAACCGAUGGAGCAGCUUUGAAUUCAUUCAUUGACAAAUUCCCGGCUCAAGUUUUAACAGUUGCAUCCCAAAUUAAUUUUACUACUAUGUUGGAUGAGAAUUUAUCAAGCAAGCAGUUCCAAAAGCUCUCAGCAUCGUACGAUUUGUUCAUUAAGCAAUUAAUCAAAAUGAUAUGUUCCAACAUUGUGCCGCUCCAACGAAAGAAAAUUGAAUACUUGGUAAUCGAAAUCAUCCACCACAGAGAUAUUUGUGUUGAUUUGUCGAAUUCAAGGACCAAUUCAGAAAUUGAGUUUACCAAAAGUAUUCAACAAUGCUUUUACUACGAUGAGAAUCACAGAGAUGCAAGAAAAGCGCUUGUGGUCAAACAAGCUGAUGGCGAGUUCACUUAUGGUUUUGAAUACUUAGGAAUUCCAGAAAAGCUUGCUUAUACUCCCUUAAUAGAAAAAUGCUUCUUAACUAUGAGUUUGGCUUUAAAACAAAAACUUGGAGGUUCACCAUUUGGUCCUGCUGGUACUGGUAAAACUGAAUCCAUCAAGGCUUUAGGAUGCAAUCUCGGUAAAAUGGUCAUUGUAUUUUGUUGUGACGAAACUUUUGAUUUCCAAUCAAUUGGUAGAAUUUUUCUAGGGCUCUCAAAAAUUGGAUGUUGGGGUUGUUUCGAUGAAUUCAAUAGAUUGGACGAAAGAGUUCUUUCUUCAAUUUCGUCUCAAAUCGAAGCAAUCGAGAGAGGAUUAAAAGACAACAAAGCUAAGGUUGAUAUAGCAGGCCAUCUCACUAAUGUGCAUAGUGAAGUUGGUAUAUUUGUCACCAUGAACCCUGGUUACGCUGGUAGAUCCGAAUUGCCGGAGAAUUUGAAGAAGCAAUUUAGAAGUAUUUCAAUGGUAGAACCCGAUAGAGAAAAUAUUGUGGAAGUUUUGUUAACCGCCCAAGCAUUUUUACAUGCUGGAGAUAUUUCAAAAAUCAUCGUUCCAUUCUUUUUGGAAUUAAGUAAUGCUACUUCGUCACAGCAACAUUAUGAUUUUGGAUUAAGGGCCUUAAAAGCAACUCUUGUUAGAUGUGGAGCAAAGAGGCGAGUUUUUAAUAAUGUAAGCUUAGACUCAAAAGAUUUAGAGUUAUCUUUACUAUUUCAAAGUGUCAAAGAGACAAUAGCUCCCAAGUUGAUAAAGGAAGAUUUGAACAUAUUAGAUACUCUUGAAAAGAAAUUUUUCCCUGAUGUUGUCUACAAUAAUUUAGAUCUGAAAAGCCUUACAAGCAAAAUAAGAGAGUAUUACACAUAUAGAGGUUUAUCCUUCGAUGACAAUUGGAUAACAAAAACUUUACAGGUAUUCCAAAUACAGAGCUCUCAUCAUGGUAUCAUGUUAGUUGGUGACUCUGGAACUGGUAAAUCAACAGUUUGGAGACUGGUUUUACUGGCUAUAGCAAUGAAAGAAAACACAGAAUCGUUAAGCUACAUUAUAGAUAGUAAAGUCUUAUCAAAGGACCAGUUAUACGGGUUUUUAGAUCCAGUGACUAGAGAAUGGACGGAUGGAUUGUUUACUGAGAUACUCCGUAAAAUCCGAGACAACUUAAAGGGAGAGUUAUCCAAAAAGGUAUGGAUCGUAUUCGAUGGUGAUAUUGAUCCGGAAUGGGCUGAAAAUUUAAAUAGUGUUCUUGAUGAUAACAAGAUUCUCACAUUAUCUAACGGUGAAAGAUUAGCUAUCCCUCCAAAUGUGAGAUUGCUAUUUGAGGUUGAUAACAUCAAACACGCUACUCCAGCAACCAUCUCUAGAUGUGGUAUUGUUUGGUUUGAUAAGUCAUUAGUCUCGCUUGACAGUUUGUUCCAAAAACUAGUAUUUAGUUUAUCCCACCAGCCAUUAGAUUUUGAAGAGGAAGUAACCGACCGAGUCGAGGUCCUUCAGAUGCAAAAGGAGUUUGUGGAUGGCUGUGCGAGUAUUCUCAAUUCACAACAGCUUAAUUUAUUGAUUAAAGAGGCAGAGAAACUCGAACAUAUUAUGGAUUUUACAAUAUUCCGAGCUUUUGAAUCUUUUACUACCUUGCUAAAGUCAUACUGUCGCAAAUAUGUACUAUUCCUAAUUAAACGUACACAAAAUAGCACGGAUGCAGUAAAUAUUCAGAGAUAUAUUGGAAAAUGCUUACUACUUUCCGUAGUGUGGGCAUUUGCAGGUGACUGUAAUCCUCUGGACAGGGAAAAAUUCUCCAUAUUUGCUGCAAACAUUGAAGGAGUUUCUUUCCUCGAUUCAGUUAAGGGAACUAUUUUUGAAUUGGAUGUAACUUUACCAGAUGGGGAUUGGAGAAAUUGGAAUACCCAAGUUCAAGCAAUUGAACUAGAACCUCAACAUGUCAUGAGUCCUUCAACUAUUAUACCAACCCAAGAUACUGUGAUACAUGAAAAUCUAAUAUACUCAGUCAUCAAUGAACAUGGUCCUUUGUUGCUUUGUGGUCCUCCCGGAUCAGGAAAGACUAUGUCGCUUUUAGAAGCUUUGAGAAAGUCGCCUAAACUUGAAUUGCUUUCUUUAAACUUUUCAAAGGAGAUGAGUCCACAAUCUUUACUACAAUCCAUGGAACAAAUAUGUACAUAUAAACAGACUGCCAAUGGUAUCCAGAUUUCUCCAGAGAAUAAGGGUAAAUGGUUAGUAGUAUUCUGUGAUGAGAUUAAUCUACCAGCUAAUGACCAUUAUGGUACUCAAAAGGUGAUUUCUUUUAUGAGACAGAUGAUAGAACAUGGUGGUUUUUGGAGGCCAAAAGAUCGACAAUGGGUUAGUAUAUUGAAUAUUCAAUUUGUGGGAGCUUGUAACUCUCCAAAAGAUCCAGGACGUAACCCACUCUCAAACAGGUUCAUUAGACAUUCAACCCUAAUUAUGGUUGAUUAUCCUGGAAAAACAUCAUUGCAACAAAUUUAUUCUACAUUCAAUCUUGCGAUUUUGAAGUUUGCUCCUGAUUUGAGGGGAUUUGCUAAAUCAUUAACUGAAGCCAUGAUCGAAGUCUAUCUUCAAACAAAAGUAAAAUUAGGCUUUGCUUUACAUAGUCAUUAUAUUUAUUCCCCUCGUGAGUUGACUAGAUGGACAAGAGGUAUGUUAGAGGCUCUAAAAUCUCACAAUUAUACAACAUUAUCUGCUUUAACUAGGCUCUGGUACCACGAAGGAUUAAGGUUAUUUUAUGAUAGAUUGGUAGGCGAAGAGGAGAAGCAAUGGACAAAAGAAUUGUUUGAGCAAGUUAUAGAUAGUUAUUUCCCAAACUUGGACAAACAAAUAACAUUAAAAUCGCCAAUAUUAUAUUCCAAUUGGCUAACUCUGGAGUACGAACCAGUUAUAGAAAGUGAUCUAAGAGUGUUUAUUAUCGAGAAGCUAAGAAUUUUCAAAGAGGAGAUAUGUGAAGUAGAUUUGGUAUUACAUGAAGACCUCCUUGAUCAUUGUUUAAGAAUUGAUCGUGUUUUGAGACAACCGCAAGGACAUAUGAUAUUAGUUGGUCCAAGUGCUAGUGGGAAGUCAACCUUGACGAAAUUUGUUGCUUGGAUGAAUGGUUUAAAGUUAAUCACCUUAAAUGUUAACCGAAACUAUCAGUUGGCAGACUUUGAUUUCACUUUGAGAAAUGUUUUGACUAAAUGUGCCCGUGGUGAAAAGAUAUGCUUUAUAAUAGACGAGUCUAACAUUUUAGAGACAUCUUUUGUCGAAAGAAUGAAUACUUUGUUGGCCAAUGCCGAAAUUCCUGGUUUGUUUGAGGGAGAAGAUUAUACAGCAUUGAUGAAUUUAUGUUUAGAGCAAUCACACUCUCAAGGGUUAUUGUUGGACUCUAAGGAUGAGUUGUAUCGUUGGUUUACAGAACAGAUUUCUGAAAAUUUACAUGUCGUAUUCAAUAUAAGUGACACAACAGAUGGUUUAUCUCCAGCAAUUAUAUCUUCACCAGCACUUUUCAAUAGAUGUGUACUCAGUUGGAUGGGUGACUGGCUGGAUAUGACAUUGAUGACAUUAGGAACGAAAAUGAUAGAGCAAGUGCCACUCGAUGUUUCUAACUACGCUGUUCCUCAAGGAUAUAAUCCAUAUCUAACUGUUGAAAUCUCUGGGUUCAGAGAAGUAAUAAUUGAUGUUUUGGUUUUCAUUCAUCGUGUCAGCAUAGAACAUUCAGUUACUUUAGUUUACAAGAAAACGCCUAGUGAUUUCAUGAGUUUAGUAAAACAGUUCAUAAGCUUGUUCGAAGAAAAACAGUCAAGUUUAGAGGAUAUACAGCGCCAUACUACCACAGGUUUAGAUAAAUUAAAAGAGGCAGUACUUGUUGUUAAUACCUUGAAAGCAGAACUUUCUGAGAAGCAAACGUAUUUGGCAGCUAAAGAUAAACAGGCAAAGGUAGUUUUAAACAAGAUGUUAACUGAGCAAAAUGAAGCUGAAAGAAAACAUGAAUUUUCAGUUGUCACACAGGAAGAAUUGUCUAAACAGGAGGUUGAAAUAAGAAACAGAAAAGAGGUUGUGUUGCGAGAUUUAGAAUUAGCAGAGCCUGCAGUUUUAGAAGCGCAAAGAGGAGUUCAAAAUAUCAAAAAGCAACAUUUGACGGAAAUUAGAAGUAUGUCUAGUCCACCAGAUGGUGUUAAGUUGACCAUGGAAUCUGUCUGCAUAUUGUUAGGUUACGAAGUGUCAACUUGGAGGGAUGUUCAAUUAGUGAUUAGAAGAGAUGAUUUUAUUCCUAAUAUCGUGAAUUUUGAUAACGAACAACAUUUGACCUCCGACUUAAGAGCACAUAUGCAAAAAGCUUAUUUAUCAAGAAAAGACUUCAACUAUGAGGCAGUUCAUAGAGCAAGUAAAGCAUGUGGUCCGUUACUUCAAUGGGUUAUUGCUCAGUUAGUAUAUUCAGAAAUUUUGGAAAAAGUAGGUCCUUUAAGAAACGAAGUUAGAGAAUUAGAAUCUAGAACCAAGCAAACCAGAAUUCAGUUAAUAGCAAUUGAUCAAAUGAUUCAAGAAUUGGAAGACGGUAUUGAAAAAUACAAAGAGGAUUAUAGUUCUUUAAUUAGAGAAUCGGAAAAUAUCAAACUUGAAAUGAAAACAGUUGAAAAGAAAAUCGAAAGGAGUCUUAAGCUUAUCAAAAAUUUAACAGGAGAAAGAGAAAGAUGGAAAUCAAGCAUUCUAAGAUUCAGCGAAUCUAGAGAAAAACUUGUAGGUGAUUCUGUUUUAGCGGCUGCUUUUGUAGUAUAUGCUGGUCUUUAUGAUGAAAAGGGAAGGGAAAAAUUAAUGCAUUUGUGGCAAACCAAGCUUGAUAGUUGUGGUGUUAUAUAUGAUCAGGUAUUCUCCGUAUUUUCUUAUUUUUGGAAUUCUCGUGAUAAGUCGAAGUUGAUCCAAUUAAACAAAGAUGAUUUACAUAAUGAGAAUUUUACAAUAUUGAAAGUAGCGGAUAUCCCAUUACUUAUAGAUCCAACCUCGAGUAUUCUUGAUUCAAUUAAGUCAGUUUAUUCCCCUAAGACAGUGAUAAUUACAAGUUUCUUAAAUGAAGGCUACCUCAAACAACUUGAAAAUGCUUUAAGAUUCGGCGGAGUUAUUAUUUUACAAGAUGCUGAAUACUAUGAUCCUGCUAUUGAUUCUAUUCUCAGAAAAGAUAUUGAGAGAAAUGGUAGUCGUCUGGUUGUGAAGUUGGGUAAGAAUGUGAUUGAUUACUCGCCAGAAUUCAAAUUACUCCUACAUACUAAAGAUGCUGGUGUUAAAAUGUUACCUUUUGUUUCUGCAAGGACGACUGUGGUUAACUUUACAGUAACUAGUGGAAGUCUUGAAAAUAGAUUGUUGAAUUUGACAUUACAACAAAUUAAACCAGAAGUUGAAAAGAAGAGAGUUGAAAUUGUUAGAUUACAAGGUGAAUAUCAUACCAGGUUACAUAAUUUGGAGGAAGAUUUAUUGCUGUCGUUGAAUAGUGCUAGCGGAAAUUUACUUGACAAUGAUGAUGUUGUCGAUAAAUUAGAAUUCAUUAAACAGGAUGCAUCUGAUAUCGAUGAGAAAUUGAAUGAGACUGGAAAAGUAGUUGAAUUGAUUGAAACUAGUAGAAUAGAGUAUUCUGAAUUAGCAAAGCAUUCAGCAUACUUAUUCCAUCUUGUUGAGGAAUUGAAUGGUUUGCAUAAACUCUAUAAGUUUUCCUUAUUAGGAUUCAUCUCAAUAUUCAAUAAUUUAUUAUUCACAACAGGAAACAAGUUCUCACCUUCAGAAUUUGUUAAUCAGAUAUAUGUUGAAAUUUUCGCCGCCAUAUCCACAUCAUUAAAGUCUAACGAUAAGAUAGCGUUUGCUCUUGGAUUGGUACUGGCUUUCAAUAAGCUUCUGAUUGAUGAAUCAUUUGAAAGGGCGAUUUCCUAUAUCACCAAUGCAGUCAUAACAGAAAGUAAAGAACAAUUAGAGAUUGCAAUUGAUUCAUUAGAUACAGUAGAUGGUAAAACUGUUGAAAUACUUUCUCCGUUGGUGAAGAGUUUAGAAUCAAGUGAAAAAGGACUUGGAUAUAUCCAAGGGAUUACCCUGUUGAGUAAGAAUUUAUUUUCAGGUAAAGGUGACUACACUUCAAAAUAUGAACUUAAAUAUUGGACUCAGAAUUUAGUUGAUAAUAGGUAUCCAAUUUUAUUAUUAUCACCUGAAGGAUUUGAAGGUUCAUUUAAAGUACAAGAUUUAGCAGAUGAAGCAAAGAAGGAAUUGAGAGUAAUUUCAAUGGGAUCGAAAGAGAGUCAAGAACUAGCCGAUCUAGCUAUUCUGACGGGAAUUAAAAAUGGUGAUUGGGUAGUUAUUCAGAAUGUUCAAAUGUCACCAGAAUGGUUAAAUCAUUUGGAACAGAGAUUAGAAGGUAAACUGAAUUGUCAUUCUAACUUUGUAUUAUUUUUAACCGCCAAUUAUAAUGCCAAUAUUCCCGUGGGAUUAGUUUCAAAAUCAAAGAUUAUCUCGAUUGAAAAUAAGCCUACUUUCAAGACUAUUUUAUUUGAAACCUUUAGUUCUAUAAAUGUUGAGAAUGAGAGUAAUGAGUUCAAGCAUUUAUUCUUUUUAACUUGUUGGUUACAUUCAUUGAUUGUGUUAAGGUUGAAUUACGCUCCUAUGUCAUUCAACAAGCAAUAUGAUAUUAAUGAUAGUGAUUUUAAAUCAGCCGUGUCAGUUUUAAGAAGUAUUUCACUUCAAAGAAUCCCAUGGCAAAAAUUGAGUUAUAUUAUAGGAGAAAUUACUUAUUGUGGUAAAGUUGAUAUUGAAAGCGAUAGAGUAUAUAUUAUUGAACGUUCAUCAUACUUAUUUAGAGAAGAAUCUACCAAUGCUCAAUUUAAUCUUAUUCAUAAUCAAUCCGAUAAGUUAAUCAUUCCUAAAUCUAAUUAUAUGGAUUGGAUUAUUCAAUUACCUAAUGAAACACCACUCUUAUGGGUUGAUAUUGAUGAAAAGAUUGAUUUAUCAUACAAGAACAAACAAGGAAAAUCAGUGGCUGAAAAGUUUAUAAGAUUAAUUAGAAAAUAG